AUGUCCAGGUAUGUGAAGUACUUUAUGCAGGCCAAGCAGCUCGAUAAGCGAAAAAGAAAAUAUGGAAAUCUAGAUUUCUUGGAACUAAGCAAAGAGCUAAGUAUCCCCUUCCCACUGCGAGAAAGAAAUCAACCUAAGCACCUAGACCUAUCGAAAUACCUAAAUAUAAAAGUGGGAGAUCUGGUUAAGGUAAUAUAUGGUCCCUAUAAAGACAGGGAAGGUCUCGUCUUAAACAUAAACACAAAAAGAAAUACGGUAAUAGUUGAUGGGUGUAAUAUGAAGAAAUCUGCAUGGAAUGUUACAAAUAAAAAUAUCGGUUCAAUUAUUACACAAGAAAUGCCUAUACACAUCACGAACGUUGCCAUUCUAGACCCAAUAACUAAAAAGGCAACAGUCGUUAAAAGGAGAUACAUGAUGCAUGGGGAAUGCGUGCGUAUAUCGAAAAUAUCGGGAUGUGCCAUGCCUGAACCUGUUAAUGUACAAGCCAUCAAGGAACAGAAUAAUUAUGAGAUUUUCAUGCACAAGAAAAAAACGGGACCUCCCAUUAAAGAUAUCUACGCGGAGAGAGACUGCAAAAACUUUAAUUUGCUAAAGAAGAUAUCCUACGAGAUUAAGAAAAAAAGAUUUUACGAAAUGAAAAACUUCUUCAAUAACUCCUCACCGGGUCAGGAGGCUAUUUCUCCAGGGUAA